GGCAACCCUGGCGGUCCUCCCCGCGACUCCAGGAUGACGUCGAUGUUCCGAAGAGGCACCAUCUUCGCGACUUUCUUCCUCUCGUUAUUGGGAGGUGGUCUGGUCUGUGCUGCUCUAGUUACUCAGCACUGGGUCGAGGCCAAGCCUUGGCGAACACCGAAUCCCCAAGAGAGUGCAGGUCGCGUCCAUCUGGGUCUUCUACAGGGAAAGAAGGAAUUAAACGUUGCUUACGGAUGGAGGACUUAUCACGUAUCCGUGUCGCAAAUGAUCAGACAGGAUCCUUCGGUGAUGUCCUGGGGACUCUGGAUCGGCACCCUGGGCACGACGUCGGCUGCUCUAGUAGCAGCUGCACUGGCAGCCCUUCUAGCAGUGUUGAACACGGCGACGUCACCACGUGCCAAGAUCCUCUCGGUUCCUGGUGUAUACCUCAUGAACAUAAUAGCCUUACUUCUCUGCGUGGCCAGUUCGGGUACCUGGUUGGCGCAGUAUUACACCAGACUUUACAACAACGUCUUACCCAAGGAAGAUAUCGACAACAUGUGGACCAGUGAAGGUUCAGCUGAAUUAGGUUACUCUUUUUGGCUCGUCGUUGGCGCUGGUGUCGUACACUUGAUCAACAUUGCUCUGGUAGGCUGGGGCUCGGGUAGGGAACGCGAUGAUCGUCUGGAAACUGUUCCUGCUCUGGAGGAGAAGACAGCUGCCGCCAUUAUGCUCUACUAAGGUCGAUGACGAGGCUCGGACGGAAGGACGUGCAGCACAUCCGUUCGGCGGAUGAAAAUUACGAGUCUGAGUAAUUAGCCGUUACGUGGGAGAGUUGGUUGGAGAAAAAGGAAAUGAAGGAUACAAAAACUAGGAUGUAGCGCAGGAUACGGUCGUUACUUUGCGUGCGAAUUUUUAAGCCGAAAUAUCGUGCGGCUAUAUGGAGAUUGGGCGAUGAGUGUAAAUAGAAAGUGCGCCAUUUUUUUCGGGAGACCCUAUAUAUAUGUUCUAAUUAAUCCUUAAUUAAAUUCUCUUGUAUUUAUUUUACCUGUGAAAUUUUCGUCCCAUUUUAUAUAAAUAUUCUUUAUUUCCUUCCUCUCAAGCCUCGACGUUUUCUCGUAUGAUAAUGCCGGAUUAUCGAGGGGUCUUAGCGAUAUUAAUUAAUAACAAUGCAUGUCGAGGUAUACGUGUAUAUUUCUCAUGGUAUUUAUAUAUUUAUUACAUGGAAGUCACCGUACAUAAUGGCGGCUACUUACUUGCGUUAUAUAUUCGUCUACGCCGACUCGUGGACAUAAACACUUAAAAGUAUUUAAGAAAUCGGUAAAAAUACUUGUUCGAUCGAUCGGAAUUAAUUCAUUUGAUUUUUCGUAUUGCGCUUCGUUUCUCUAUCAAUCAUCUCUUGUUUUCUAUUCAUAUCUAUUCUCAAUGUUGUCUUCAAAAUGUGUACCAGUGAACGCGCACCGGAUUCCUGAUUGAUAUAAACGCGCACCUCGACUUGCCCAUUAAAAGAAAAUUGUCUGGAUUAAGGAUGCGCGUACUGUAAGGAUGUCGGUUAAUCCUUUCCGGACCUGCGGAUGUUAAUUAAUGAAAUUUGUAAUUAUCGCGACGUUAUGCAUAUCGGUACAAUUAGAUUAUCGAUAUUGGAAAAUGUUUAAUUACUAGAGCAAGGAACUUUUAAAGGAUUACGAUGGUCAAUUCCGAAACUUGUAAGCACCUCCUUGGGAUUAUAAUUAACAAUAACGGAGGAGCUUGUAAUUCGUAAUAGGGCGAACUGGAAAUAAAUAAUUCAAUUCCUAUAUUUUUAUCCAAA